ACUGACUUGACAGACAGACGUUCGUAGUAGCUGUAACCAUGAAAUCUUUCAUCGAUUACUCGGCAUCUAGCGAUUUCCCGCUUGAAAAUUUACCAUACGGAAUCUUCUCAACGAAAGAUGAGCCAGACAAAAAAAUUGGUGUGGCAAUUGGUGAUCAAAUUUUGAACUUGAAUGCUAUCGCAAAUUAUUUCGAUGGACCAUUGUUGGAAAGUAAGCAAGAUGUGUUUCGUCGUGAUUGUCUAAACGAUUUUAUGUCUCUCGGAAGGCCAGCAUGGCUAGAAGCAAGAUCUAAACUUCAAGAGCUGCUGUCUGCCAGUAAUCAUACUUUGCAAGAUCCUGAAAUCCGCUCUAAAAUUUUUGUCGCUCAAAAAGAUGCUAUAAUGCAUUUACCAGCCAAAAUCGGAGAUUAUACGGAUUUUUAUUCAUCUCUUAAUCAUGCUACAAAUGUCGGUAUCAUGUUCCGUGGAAAAGAAAAUCCGCUGAUGCCAAAUUGGAAAUAUUUGCCAGUUGGCUACCACGGAAGAGCAAGUUCCAUUGUUGUGUCAGGCACACCCAUAAGACGACCGUGUGGUCAAACACUACCGGUUGAAGGUGCAGCACCUGUUUUUGGGCCUUGCAGAUUAAUGGAUUUCGAGCUCGAAGUUGCUUUCUUUGUCGGUGGUCCAUCUACAAAUCUUGGUGAUACUGUUUCAGCUUCUAAAGCGUAUGAUCAUAUUUUUGGGAUGGUCUUGAUGAAUGAUUGGAGCGCAAGAGACAUUCAGAAAUGGGAGUACAUGCCAUUAGGACCAUUCGGUUCAAAGAAUUUGGGCACGACAAUUUCUCCAUGGAUCGUUACAAUGGAAGCUCUAGACGCUUUCAAAGUACCAAAUAUGACUCAAGAUCCAGAACCGUUUCCAUAUUUGCAACAUAACGAGUCUUGUAAUUUCGAUAUUAAAUUGGAAGUUGAUCUUAAACCAUCAAGUGGUGUAAUCACAACCAUAUGCCGGAGUAACUUCAAACACAUGUACUGGACUCCACAACAACAACUGGCGCAUCAUACUGUUACAGGAUGCAACAUUAAUCCUGGAGACUUAAUGGGAUCCGGCACUAUAAGUGGAAACACUUCGGAUUCUUAUGGUUCUAUGCUGGAAUUAUGUUGGAAAGGCACACAUACUAUUGCGCUAAAAGAUGGUACAACAAGAAAAUUCCUUCAAGAUGGUGAUGAAAUAAUUAUUCAUGGUUAUUGUGCUGGCGAUGGUUAUAAAGUCGGUUUCGGAACAUGUACGGGAAAAUUGUUACCUGCUAAUAACUAACAAGUGAAAUUGGUGCA